UUUCAUAAGCUUCUCUCUCUCUCUCAUCAUUUAAUCCUCUUCACAUGUUCUUCCAUUUCAUAGCACUAGACGGAUCCUCCCUUCUUCACAACUCCUCCAUUUAUCAUAUUCGAGCCAUAAUGCUCUCUUAUUCCUUUUCCCAUUCCGGGUUGCCUAUCCUUUCAUUUAUUUAAGUUGCCCACAUUCGUGAUCUGAUAUGGGUUUGCCGGCGAUUGAUUCGUCGAGUAAUUUGUGCAGGGUGUUUGUGGCCUAAUAUAUGUUCACGGAUUCUUCUUGUCCAAUCCAAAGCACAUGGGUGAUCAUUUCGUGCUGCCCAUGAAUCGGUUAAUAACCGAUUCCACCAUCGAGGCUGCUCUGCAAAGCGAGAAUAGAAUGCAGCAAGCAGCCGACUCGGCUAGCACUCCCAAUGCCCUGCCCGCUAUCUCUCCCGUUAAUGUGGACAUUGACUUGUGCUCGUCACCAGGGAAGUUGGUUCAGUGCAGAAUUUGCCAUGAGGAGGACGAGGACUCGAAUAUGGAGAUGCCCUGUACUUGCCGUGGCAGCUUAAAGUAUGCUCACCGGAAAUGUGUCCAGCGAUGGUGCACCGAGAAGGGUGACACGACAUGUGAAAUAUGCCGCCAGCAAUUCAGGCCUAAUUAUGUUGCACCGCCUCCUCUGCUUCAUUAUGGUGGUAUUUCGAUGAAUGGUACUUUCUUCAGGGGGAAUUGGGAGAUUCCUAGAAGGGACCUGAACAAUAUGCGAUUUAUAGCAAUGGUUGCUGCAGAUAACGAGUUUUCAGAUACUGACUUUGAGGACUUCUCAGCUCCAUCUCCGCGUGGACUAAUAUGCUGCAGGAUAAUUGCAAUAAUUUUUAUGGUUCUUCUAAUUCUACGCCACACUUUACCGAUCCUGAUAAGCGUAGGAGACUACUCGCUAACAUUGUUCGCAUUAUUGAUGUUGAGAACAGUCGGGAUACUCUUGCCGAUCUUCGUCAUGGUCCGAGUAUACUCUACUAUCCAACGCCGUAGACGCCAACAGGCUGCGCAUGUAUCUCUCGCGACCGCAGAUGAAGAAAAUGAGUUGUCACUGCCUCAAACUCAAGCAUGAUUCAUUCGCGUUCAGAGAAGGGAAUCCCCUGCAGUAACCUUAUUUCAAUGUCAGAGACCUGCAUCCAGUUCGAGAAGUAAAAUUUCAUAUCAAACAGCACGAGAUUCUGGAAAAGAUUGUCAAUUAGGAGCGCCCUUCCAAAAACCCCGAAAGGAUCCUCAAGCGUCUAAAUUUCGAAACUGCAAGACAAAUGUCCAUGUCAUCAGUACUUUAAGAAGUAUGCGUAUAAUAAGUAGAGAUUCA